AUGUCUUUCGAAAGAAUGAGAAAGAGCUUUAAAUCAUUCUUGGGCUUAAAUGCAAGUCCAUAAAUCGAUUAUUCAUCCCAAGCAUCAAUAACCAUUCCACAAGACUUACAAUCUUCAAACUCUUAAUACAACCUCAAAAACAAAUUCGUUCAAAUCGAAAAGAAAUAAGAACGCCUUAAUCCCUACAAGAAAUCUCUAAUCCGCUUAAAUGAUUAUUAGAAAACAAUUGUCAAAGGAACCGAUUGCUCUAAAUGCCCAACCAUCUAAUAUUAGAUUAAUAAAGAUGAAAAACCUGCUAUUGAUCACAAAAUAAGCAACCCUAGAUGGAAGAGAGAAGAUCAAUCUCAAGAUCACUCCUCUUAUAGUUAAAGAUGGAGUUCCUAAAAUGAUGCAUCCAAUCCAACUUUUUUUAAAGUUCAAUCCAAACCCACUAAAAAUCAAACCUAUGACACUUAAACACUCUCAUAAUCAAAGGCAUCAAUCAACUUUUAGAAAAAACAGUUCCUCCAGUAUUUGGAAGACAAACCCAUCAGUGUAAUAAAAAAUGACUUUGCUCCAUUUGAAGAAAAAAAGAAGAAGUCCUCCCAAAUCUCAAUUAGAAGAACAGACAGCGUUAUCUUUGAUGUCCAAGAUGAACCUCUUUUUGAAAACGGAAGAAAAACAGUCCAAAAAUCAGAGAAUACUAUAAAACCUAGUGAGGAGGAGGGAAAUCAAAGUGCAUCCGAAUCCAUUAUUAUAAAGAAAUAACCAACGACAAGAUUUAACAAAUUAAAAAAAUAGGAAUUUGAGUACAAUCCCAAAACACCUUCAAAUGAUGCAAAACCCAUUUCACCCAGUUAUGAAUAGCAGCAACCAAUUUAAUAAAUUUAGUAAGUUAAAUAAUUAGAAAAUAACACUAAAAAUACAGAUGAAUAAUUACAAUAAGUAUAAUAAAAAUAAUAAUCAUCAGCACCAAUAGAAUCAAUUUAACAGCCCUUAUAAGAGGUCAAAUAGGAUACUAUCAUUUAAUAAAAAAUAGAACCAUAGCCAUAAACAUUACCACCUGCUAUUGAAGUCAAUCCCUUUACUUCUAAUAUUGAAACCACCCUCUUUAAUGCUCCAUGGAUCACUAAUCAACCACCAUAAGACUAAUCAACAUUUAAUCUAUUCCAAUAAUAACCAAUGUAAAAUUAGUUUCAAACUCCCUUUGUUUCAUAAUAAUAACAACCUGUCUUCCCAUUUUAGUAAGAACCAUAAAUAUAAUAACAGGUGUUUUCCAACUAAUCUUUCUUCUCCCAAUAAGUACAAGCAUCCUCUAAUCCAUUUUCUACAAAUCAAUUUAGUUAGAAUGUUUUUAAUUAAGGUAAUACCUAGUAAUCUCAAUCUGUAUAUUAAACCUUCUAAUAAAAUCAAACGAAUACAAAUGAUUUAUUUGGAUUCAACUAAUAGAAAUAAUAAAAUUACAGUAAUAAUAACAAUAACAAUAACAAUAAUAAUUUUUUAUUUUAAACCAACUCUUUAGGUGGUGGAUCAUUUUCAGCUGAUGAUCAAAAUAAACCACGCACAAUUGAUCUAUUUUCAGCCUAACCAGUUCAAAAUUCAUAAACAUCAAUGAUGACUAGUCACUCAGCUGUUAAUUUAUUUACUUUAGAUCAUAAUAAUUCUGCAUAACCCCAAGCAAAUAAGGAAUCUGAUAGAUAUAAAACCAAAUUUAAAUAAAAUACUGUUAAAUAUAGUGCUGCAUAAAGAAUGUAAUGA